AUGGGCCGCCCAGCAAAACAUUCACAAUUCAUGAAGGUGGAAAUUGUUGAUGUCACACCUGGGCCACGCGUGAUUAUCCAAAAACAAAAAUUCAACCUCGGAAUACGCAUAACAGACAAUGACAAUUUGGUAAUUGGGAUAUGUAAACAAGUUCGACUAUCCGUUGUGUUCGAGGGCGUGGAUUACGCAAAAUUGCAGAGACGGUAUACCCUUCGACAAACUCCAGAAAACGCAGAGUGCAAUGUGAUCUUGCGCGAGUUGACAAUGGACGAGCUUCCACCCUGUAUUACCAACAACCCGGACCUGGAGAUAAAAUUCAAGGUCCAAAUCUCCCUACCCGGCACGAAGAAAAUAGAAGCUGUAUCCGAGACUUUUCACCUGGUUGAAGACGCCGAGUAUGCAAAGCUGUAUUACGAUAUCUCUGAUAGUGAGGUCGUCAAUGAGAUGAACACGGCACAUCGUGUGGAGUCUACCGAACAACUUACUGAAAGCCAUGAAAAAGGCUGGAAGCGGGAUUUCGUGGAGCAGAAUCGUCAGCUGCUGCAGUGGGCUAUGAAAUGGUAG